AUAUUCGCUAUGUAAGCAUUCUAAUAAUAACAACUAAAAUCAAUUUACACACAAUCUAAGAUUUAUUCCUGAUUUAGUUGAGAGAAUCCCAAAUUAGCAUAAGCUAUCCAGAGAUUCAUUCGCUUCCACAAGAAUCACCACAAAUACAAAUACAUCUCUCUAUCUCACACCAGCGAGAUUCGCAACCAUGUUCAACAAGAAAAACCAAUCCACUGGCUCGGGCGAUGGCGGCUCGGUAUCCCGAACCGGAGCAGACUCUCCGUACCUCCAAAAAGCACGCUCAGGUAAAACCGAGAUCCGAGAACUCGAAGCUGUUUUCAAAAAAUUCGACGUGAACGGAGACGGCAAGAUCUCAUCAAAGGAGCUCGGCGCGAUCAUGGCGAGCCUAGGUAACGAGGUACCAGAGGAGGUCCUGGAGAAGGCGAUCACGGAGAUAGAUCGGAAAGGAGACGGUUACAUAAACUUCGAGGAGUUCGUUGAGCUGAACACGAAAGGGAUGGAUCAGAACGACGUGCUUGAGAAUCUGAAGGAUGCCUUCUCUGUCUACGACAUCGACGGGAACGGAUCGAUAUCGGCGGAGGAGUUGCAUGAGGUUUUGAGGAGUUUGGGGGAUGAGUGUUCGAUCGGAGAGUGUAGGAAGAUGAUUGGUGGUGUGGAUAAGGAUGGAGAUGGGACGAUUGAUUUCGAGGAGUUUAAGAUUAUGAUGACGAUGGGAUCGAGACGUGAUAAUGUCAUGGGUGGUGGUGGUCAGAGGUAGAGUUUAAUGGCCGAGUGAUGUUUGUGUUCGUCUUUGUCUUCCUUAUUUUCUCGUUUUGUUCGUCCAUUGUUAUUAUUCCAUCAUUGUUUCAAUUUUUUUUGUCUUGUUCUUUGGGAGGAUUGCAUUGCCCUGCAAGCUAACGUGGUUUUUGAAAAGU